GCACGUUUAUAGGUUAUGAAAGACAGGCGCGUUUCUGAUUGGCUGCUUCUGCGGAAACUGAAGGUCUCACUAUCGUCAGUUCAUUCCCUCAACCAAUCAGGCCGCCGCCUCUGCCCGCGUACGUCAAUCUUCUUCUUGCCUCAGCCAAUCAGCGCUCGGCCUCAGUCCUCCCACGUCGUCUCCUCUUGUCUCAGCCAAUGGUCCUAUGUGAAGUUCUUUAACAUUAAAAGCGUCUGUUCUGCCAGCGCAGGUAGAAGAAGAGCUUCUCACAGUAACUCAUUUGGAGCAGCCAUGGAGGUGAACGGCACGGCCAACAUUCUGUCUUCGGCGUAUCUGGCGGUGGAAUAUGUGGAUUCAUUUCUUCCUGGAAAUCCGCUGCAGGAGCCUCUGAAGCACGCAUGGAAUCACAUGCUGCAGAACUACAGCAAAUUCCAGAUCGCCACCUGGGGCUCGCUCAUCGUCCAUGAACUGAUCUACUUCCUGUUCUGUCUGCCUGGAUUUAUCUUCCAGUUCCUCCCUUUCAUGCAGAAGUAUAAGAUCCAACCGGAUAAACCAGAGACAUGGGAGAAACAGUGGAAGUGCUUUAAGAUGCUGCUGUUUAAUCACUUCUGCAUCCAGCUACCGCUCAUCUGCGGGACGUAUUACUUCACUGAGUUCUUCAGCAUCCCUUAUGACUGGGCCUCCAUGCCUCGCUGGCCUUUUAUAUUGGCCCAGUGCUUUGGUUGUGCAGUAAUUGAGGACACAUGGCAUUACUUCCUCCACCGAGCCCUACAUCAUCGCAGAAUCUACAAGUACAUUCAUAAAGUCCAUCAUGACUUCACUGCUCCAUUUGGCAUGCAGGCAGAAUAUGCCCACCCUGCUGAGACUCUGAUUCUGGGCGCGGGAUUCUUCAUUGGUAUCAUGGUCUUCUGCAAUCAUAUGAUUUUGCUCUGGGCCUGGGUCGCUUUCCGUUUGCUUGAAACCAUUGAUGUUCACAGUGGUUACGACAUUCCUCUGAACCCCCUACAUCUGAUUCCAUUCUACGCUGGAGCUCGUUUCCAUGACUUCCACCACAUGAAUUUUGUGGGCAACUAUGGAUCCACAUUCACCUGGUGGGACAGACUUUUCAACACUGAUUCCCAGUUUAUGAAACAUUACUCACAACAUAAAGCUGUGAAGAGCGACUGAGACUCACUCGUGUACACCAGAACAAUCUGUCUCUCAUGGACUGCUGUGUGGGCUCUGGUUGGUCUUCCACUGCACUCGCUCACUGUAAUGUAUUUAAAAUCGGACUGAAUGGAUUCGAAUCAAUGCCAGCUUUUUACAGCAAUGUGCCUUUGAAAAGAGAAAACACCCAACACAGCUCACGGUACAACAACAGAGUGUUUGUUAGGAAUGAAAGAAUUUCAGCCUUCUCUCAAUUAUUAUAAACAUUCAUGUGUUUCGAGUUAUAAUGACAUUAUUCUUCAAAAGCACUUUACUUUCACCUAAACAAAGAUGCAAUGUUUUAAAUUGUUAUUUUUGUAAUGUUUUUUUUUUUGCUUUGUUGCCUUAUCUGAUUUUUUUGCUAAAGAUUUUAUAACUUUCCACAGUGACCACGUAUAUAGCAUAUAGAUAUGGUUUUGAAAGGAUUUGGGUGGAAAAAUGAUAUAUAUAUUAAAAAAAAAAAAAACACUUAAGGUUAAUAAGGGAAAAAGCUAAUUGAGAUGCAACUUAAUAAAAACAAAAAUGAACUCUGUGAUUGUGCUGUAUUUAAACUGUGAGAGCUCCCAAACACUUCUGUAUGUGUUUUCAUCACAGUUCACAUUCCCCAUUACCGAUAAUCCUAAACCUCAAAUUACAGUAUGCACACAAUAUAGGGUGUGUAGACAGUCCCAGAACAGCAUAUACAUACUACGGUUUUUAAUGUGUCAUAUGAGGUUGGAAAUGCAUGCUGUAGAGUGUAAAUAUUAUUGUAUGUAAAUAACUAUAUGGGGUGGGUGGAUAGACAGUCACAUAUUACAGUAUGUAAAGUAUCCAAUGGAAAGCGUAGAUGGCCUUCCCUUUAUCUAAAUGCACAGAGGUGUCCAAUAAUGAAGUACUUUCUUAUUGUGCUGAAAUACAGUUUUUGGAAAUUUCUGCAUUACUCGUA